CCAGUCAUCCAAGAUGGCCACUGGGACUGGAUCUUUACCAAAUUUUAGCUUCUUGAAAAAUAUUGUAAGGGACCAGUUAACAGACGUCCUAGAAUCGUUUCCAGGGAAGAAAGAUCUUGUCAUUGAUCCAAAGUUAAUGAAACCGCUAGACCAUGUAGCUGGUGCAACAUUUCUCAAGGACCAUGGUGUCAAUAAGAUUUUCAAAUUAGAGAAACAGAAGUUAGAUGUGGAAUGCGAUAAACGUAUUUAUCUGUUAAGGCCAAGUAUGGUCCUAACCCGAUACGUAGCAGAUCACAUCAACAGUGACAAACAAAACCAUGUAACAAGAGAAUAUAAAAUUGUAUUUGCACCAAGAAAGAUGUACGUGUGUGAAAUGGUUUUAGAGCAAGAAGGGGUCUAUGGAGAUGCAACACUAGAUGAACUUGCCUUUGACAUCAUCCCACUAGAYCAAGAUAUAUUAUCAUUGGAGUUACCAGAAUUCUUCAAAGAUUUCUUUUUGGAUGGUGAUCAGAGCUGGGUGUAUUCAAUAGCAAAAUCGCUAAUGAUAUUGCAAUCAAUGUAUGGCACUAUACCAGAAAUAUAUGGAUUGGGUCRCAGUGCAAAGAUGGUAAUGGAGAUUCUUGAGGAUCUAAUUAAAGAAGAGGGUGAAUACAAACCAGUAGAUGGACCAGAAAUUGGCAGUCUUAUUAUUAUUGAUAGAGAUGUAGACCUAAUAACUCCUUUAUGUUCACAAGUCACCUAUGAAGGGUUACUAGAUGACACCUUCGGCACAAAAAGUGGUUUUAUAGAGUUCGGUCCCGAUGUCACUGGAAAAGACCAGACUGCCAAGCUUUUAUUAAACUCAAAUGAUGCGGUCUUUAGUGAUAUUAGAGAUCGUCACUUCUCAAAUGUAUUUGGAUAUCUCAGUCAAAAAGCUAAAGUAUUACAAAGUGGCUAUGAUAAAAGACAUGAAUUGUCUUCUGUGACAGACAUGAAGAAUUUUGUAUCAGUAGAACUGAAAGAUCUAAGACAACAGCACAAGUCUCUUGCACUGCAUAUUGGUGCUUGUGAGGUGGUCCUGAAGAAGAAAGCAAAUGAAGACUUUGAGAGACUUCUUCAAACGGAACAUAAUAUCCUUGAGCUGGCAGAUAAUAAAGAUUCACUUGUCUAUAUUGAGGAGUGUAUGAUGAGACAGUUCUCCAGUACCAAUGCACUUAGGCUGCUGUGUCUAUUGUCUUUAACACACGGAGGAUUGGACCCUAAAUUGCACAAGACUUUGAAACAACAAUACCUACUCAGUUAUGGAUACGAACAUUUGAAUACGUUUGUCAAUCUCAAAAAACUUGGAUUAUUCACAGAGACAGAUAGAAAAAAUAUUUUCAAAGUUACGAGCAAACGAUUAAACUUGGUUCCUCGUUCUGCAGAAGAAAUAAACUUGAAAAACCCAUCCCACAUGUCUUAUGUAUUCGGUGGAGCUUAUACCCCUAUCAGUUGCAAGCUAGUCGAACAGAUUCAGCACGGAGCAGGGAUAUCGUCGAUCGAGGACUUGGCAAGGUUAAUGGGUGUCGAGGUAUCRRCGAUGAGGCGUCCUSCAUCGGUUAGACAUCCAUCUGCCGGUAGCCCGCCAAAGAAGAGGCCUACACUAGUCAUGUUUAUGGGAGGUUGUACAUAUUCAGAGAUCACUGCGCUACGGUUCCUGGGAAAACUAAAAGGCUGCAGUUACGUAAUUGGAACCACAUCAAUCACUACCUCUAGACGGACUUUAACCUCGAUAAUCGAGCAUACUACUGAAAGCUAAGUCAAAGAAACGCCGUUCAUUUUUGUCUUUUCAAAGGUUGACCAUCUAUUACUUGAAAAAAGAUUUUCUUCAGAGAAAUGAACAAAAUUUUCAAAAUACGUCCACCAUAUUGAAAACCUCUCGCCACAGGUAGCCCACUUAAUCAAAAUAUCGAAAGCCGCGUGUAGUGCGCGAGGGAUGCGUACGAGUGUACGCACACAUUACUUCAACACCCGAACAUUAAUUAACUAUUCGGUAUUCAUAAGCCAUUAUCAGACAAACUAGAAACUAGAACUAAACCACUCUGAUUGAAAGUACAUUUCCAAGAAUGCCUAUAAAUGUUUUAUAAAUGGCGAUCAAAUUGAGACUAGCAAUAUAAAACCGCAACGGCUCUGUCUUGUUAUCCGUCAGACUGUCGCUAAAAUUCCUAUCUUUUUAUCUUAAAAACCCAUCUUAAAAACCGAUUAAUGUUUUAGCCAAAUACUUGGCUUCCUUUUUCCAUUCGUUAUCUAGAUUAAAUUUGUUAAACGAGGAGGCUGUUUAUGCCACAUUCAUUAUUCAUGUCUGAUUCAUGCUCUUUAUGUCAUUUAUGCUUUUUAUUUUUAUUUUUCAUUUCAUAUUGACCAAAAACGUAUCUUAUUUUCACAUGGUAUUGAUAAAGUCUCAUUCACAAGAGACAAGACAAUAUUUGAUAUGUACUUUAUUUCUAGUUAUUUCUUUUUCGAUUGAUUUCCUUUGGGGGUGGGGGUGGGGAAAGUAGUCAAUCUCCUUUGCGACCAAAAUCAUUUGCCACUGGGAACCGUAUUUUUCUCAUGAUGUUUUAGGCCAGUUACGAAUCGCAAAGCCGUUUCAGGAACAUGAGGGAAAAUGAUAACAUAGAUAACAAAAUUGAGAAAAGUUUUGAUCGAAAAAAAAUCAAAAGUUUUCUGAAAUUCAGCUCAUAUGAUAUUUUUGUCAAUCUAACAGAAUAAAAGAGUCAACAAUCACGUUUUCCAAGCGCACCUGCUAUCUUACUUUUGGCGGGUGAAGAGGGAGGAUCCGGGGGGGUCAGGAACCUCUUUUCUUCGUUUAUUUUCAUGUCAAUUUACAAUGUGCAUCCCUCCUGGACAACAUUCAGGAUCCGCCCUUGUUUUUCUCAGUUUAUGAAAUAAUUCUCAUAUGAAUGGAUAUUUCUGGUAAUGACAAAGGAAGGAAAAGCAUCGCCCACACAUAAAAGUUAUUAUUUGACGAUGUAAAGAGCUUUGAUGGUAGUCAGGAAGUACCCAGUUGGUCUUAGAAUCAGAAAAUGAAGUUGUUAAACCGCUCAGACGCAUAACAAUCAGUAGAAGAAUUAUUUUUUUAAAUGAAAUUCUUGGUGAAGUAGAAAAUUAGCCACCCAACGAAGUGAAACGUGCGAUAGUUCACCAUGAGGCGCCGUCCACACUAUGCCGGAUAAAUUUGAAUCCGCAACUUUCACACCGAAACCGAAAAAAAAAUUUCCGUCCACACAUGAAAACGGAUGAAAUGUUUCGCGUCCACACUAGUCCGAUCA